CGGCGGGGGCGGCGGAGGCGGGGCCGAGGGCGCGGGGCCGCGCCCGCGCGGGGCUGGGCCGGGGUAGAGCCGGGCGGGAGCUGCAGCCGAAGCCACAGCCGCAGCCGCAGCCGGAGCAGCCGGGACCCGACGCUGGAGCGCAGGCUGUGCUGGAGCCGAGCCGAGCUCGCCGCCUGGUACCGGCCGGAGCGCAGGCCGGCCCAUUAGCCGCACCGCCCGAACGCUGCGCGGAGCCGGGACCGGCCGGAUCAGGAGGCCUCCGCCCGGCCUGAGCACGCAGCAGGUCCGGAGGUCCGGAUUCGCCCCUCUCCAGCCGCCUGGGAACAGAAGAGGAGACAAGAGAGCGGCUUCCAUCCAAGCGCCUGGCGUGGGCCUGGGCGCACAGGGCAGUGGAGACUUCGCCCGGGAGGAGGUGCCUGGCCCUGACUAGGCCAGGCUUGGCCACCGACGAGCCCGGCAUCCCGGCAGCCACGACCGCGAACCGGCUUCUCAGGUCUCCGCUGGCCCCGGCCUGGCGCAGGGAGCUGUGCCCUCACCUGUCUGAGUCGGGCCCGGGGGCCAGGGCAGCGGGAUCUGGUCUGGCCCAAAGCUCUGGUGGCCCGGAGCUGGUCGCAGGGGAGCCGCCUCCUGCUCCAGCCCCGCUGGCGCGGAUGUGCCACUGUCCGCUGGAGCAUCAUGAAGGCAGGAUGACCUCCGCCGAGGCCGCGGCCGCCACUGGCGCUUCUCGGGCGGCCGGACCUCCUGAGGGGUCGGCCGGCAGCCCCCAGGCCCUCGGGCAGCCUGGCGGGGCCCGGGUGGCCGUGGCGGCCCUGGUGUGGCUGCUGGCAGGAGCCACCAUGUCCAGCCUCAACAAGUGGAUCUUCACUGUGCAUGGCUUCGGGAGGCCCCUGCUGCUGUCGGCUCUGCACAUGCUGGCCGCGGCGCUGGUGUGCCACUGGCGGGCCCAGCGCCCCGUGCCCGGGAGCACCCGCCGCCGCGUGCUGCUGCUCAGCCUCACCUUCGGCACCUCGAUGGCCUGUGGCAACGUGGGCCUGAGCGCGGUGCCCCUGGACCUGGCGCAGCUGGCCACCACCACCACGCCGCUGUUCACCAUGGCCCUGUCGGCGGCGCUGCUUGGCCGCCGCCACCACCCGCUGCAGUUUGCCGCCAUGGGCCCGCUCUGCCUGGGGGCCGCCUGCAGCUUGGCCGGGGAGUUCCAGGCACCUCCUGCCGGCUGCGGCUUCCUGCUGGCUGCCACCUGCCUUCGAGGGCUCAAGUCCGUGCAGCAGACUGCCCUCCCUUCUCUGGGCCUCAGUUUCUGCAUCUGCGAAAUGGGCCUGGUGCUCCCUUUGGGGAGGUUUCAGAUCAGGAGCCUGGUGGGCAGGGCCAGGAAUGAGGAAAGUAGUGAUGGUGGUGACCCUGCUGUCCCUCUCUGGUCCACCCACCUUCUCUGAGGUUCCAGAUUCAUCUGGGAAACAUCCCCUUUGUGUGUGACGGUGAGGGGCGGGACCAGGCUGAGGCUGGGGUGCAGGGAGCUGGGAUUCGGAAAGGAACCAUUCCCUGGGAAUCCACCAGGGACCACAGUGCCAGGCAGGGAGGGCCUGCAAGGUCACACACAGCUCGGCCCAGCCUUGCAGGAGGGGAAGUGGGCCGGGGCUGAGUCACCCGCCACCCCCCUUCCCUGUGACUCAGAGAUGCCACAGCCCAGCCCAGCCUGGCCUGUGCAGCUCAGCCACUGCUGGACUGCCGUGUUGUUCAGGCCCAGCAGGCUGGAGGGACAGGUGGCCUGGCGCAGGGCCCUUUCCCCAUUCCAGGGAGCCCCGCCACAGCAGGAGCCCCACUGCUCCACCUCCACCUGGGCUCCUGACCCUCGUGGGGCUAAUGAGGGAGCCUCCUGUCAGAUCUAAGCCUGCUCUUGGUUGUGGUGGGGGACAGGGCAGGGGGGUAUUAGAGAUGCACUUGACCUAGGACUGGCUUCUCACCAGCUUCAGGGCCCUCCGACAUGGAGGCGAUUCCCCAAGUUCACAGCCAGAGCCCCCCUCGGCACUCCUCCCAGCAGUGGGAGAGCCGGGCUUGGAGUCCUGGUCCCUCCUGCUCCCUGUGUGACCUCAGGCUGGUUCUUCUUGCCCAGGAUCACAGCAGUAAUUAGAGAGGUCUCAGCGUGUCCUGGGCCGGGGAGUGUCCCACUGAAACGUCAGCGUCCCUCCUGGCUCUGCCUCUCACUAGCUGUGCUGCCUCGGACAAGUGGCUUCACCUCUCUGAGCCUGGGCCUGCGAUCCGGCCCUGCUGGGAAGCCCUCGCAGAGUGACAGAUGCCACCUUCCUGGGGAGGCUCCCCCUCUCCCACGCACACCAGGCUGAGAAGCUCCAACUAAAGGUCACCCCAAGUCCCUGUGCGUCUCUAUCUGAAAGGUAGUUAGAGAGAGAGGGGGACAUAGAAUCUUCCACCCGCUGGUUCACUUCCCAAAUGGCUGCGAUGGCUGGGGCUGGGCCAGGAGCCUGGAACUGCAUCCGGGUCGCCCACGAGGGUGCAGGGGCCCAAGCACUUGAGCCACCCUCUGCUGUUUUCCCAAGUGCAUUAGCAGGGAGCUGGAUCAGAAGUGGAGCAGCCAGGGCUAGAACAGGUGCUCCGUCCGAUAGGAGCUUGCAGGCAGCACAGCUUAACCCUGUGCGCCACAGCGCCGCCCCCGCGCCUCUGAUGAAGUGGGGGCAGCUGUUGGACCUGACCCCGGGGCGGCCAAGGCUGCGGGAAUGGGCUGUGGGAAGAGCUCAGCCACUGGGGGUCCUCGAUCAAGAUGGGCGAGCUGAGUCUCAUUGCCAAGACUCCUUUGUGACCUGCCCUGCCCCUCAGCCUUGCGCGACCUCCCACCCCGCCCCGCCCCGCCCGGGGCACGCUCCUGCUGGAGCUGAGCAGGGGGGAAGCUGAGCUGAGCUGGGCAUCCUGCCAUUGUGGACGGCAGAACAGAGCCGGUCUCAGCGCCAGCCGCUGGGGCGCCCUCUGCCCUCCACUGGUGGCCCUCGGGGGCCACGGGGAAAUAAGGACUCCUCUUGUCCCCCCUCCCUGGACUUUUACCCCCCAAAUCAGCCCAGGCACGCCAGAAACCACCCCGGCUGGGCCCCUCCACUUCCAGAGUCCCGGAAAGCUUGGAACAGGUAAGAGCCACGGUCCUUUUGCUUUUUAAAUUUUGACUGUGGAUUUCAUUUAUCUGAGAGACACAGAGAGAGACAGACAGAAGUCGCCCAUGCACUGGUUCACUCCCCAAAUGCCUGCCGCAGCCAAGCCCAGGCUGGAACUCCCUCUGGGUCUCCCGUGGGGGUGACAGAGACCUGAGUACUUGGGCCAUCACCUGCUGCCUGGCGCGGUUUGCAUUAGCAGGGAGCCGGAAUCUGGAGCUGGAGCCAGGGGUGAAACCCAGACUCUGAUACGGGAUUUGGAGUCCAACCUGAGUGGUAACUGUUGUGCCAAAAGCCCGCCCCUGAUUUCUUUAUUUUUCCGGACUUUUUUUUUUCUAUUCUUAGAUGAUUUUUAAAAAAUAAAAAGUGUUCGGGGCCAGCGCUGUGGUGCAGCAGGUUAACACCCUGGCCUGAAGCGCUGGCAUCCCAUAUGAGUGCUGGUUCUAGUCCUGGCUGCUUCUGUUCCAAUCGAGCUCUCUGCUGUGGCCUGGGAAAGCAGUAGAAGAUGGCCCAAGUGCUUGGGCCCCUGCGCCCAUGUGGGAGACCCGGAAGAGGCUCCUGGCUCCUGGCUUCGGAUCAGCACAGCUCCGGCCCUUGCAGCCAGUUGGGGAGUGAACCAGCAGAUGGAAGACCUCUCUCUCUGCCUCUCCUUCUCUCUGUGUAACUCUUUCAAAUAAGUAAACAAAUAAAUCUUUAAAAAAUAAAUAAAUAAAUAACAAGUGUUCACAGUUCACUCUCAAACUCUUCUGUGAUUAUCCCUCUUUUUUUAAAAAAAGAUGUAUUUUAUUUAUUUGAAAGGCAGCAUCACAGAGGCAGAGUGAGAGAGGUCUUGCAUCCGUUAGUUCACCUCCUAAAUGGCUGGGGCUGAACCAGGCAGAAGCCAGG